AUGGCAGGAAACAAAGCAUCUCUCUGCCUUUUGGGGUUGUGUUUCUCACUCUUUUACUCCGGAUUUGCCCUUAAAAAGCCCUAUGUGGUGUACAUGGGGCAACAUUCACACGCUUCUUUGGACCAGAUUGAUCAUGCACGUGUGACUGAAUCACAUCAUGAGUUAUUGGCGACUUUUAUGGGAAGUAAGGAGAAGGCAAAGGAUGCCAUCUUCUAUUCCUAUACUCUUAAUGUGAAUGGUUUUGCUGCUAAUCUUGAAGAGGAAGAAGCUUUGGAAAUAUCAAAACAUCCCGGUGUCGUAUCGGUGUUUCCGGAUAAACUCCGGGAGUUACAUACGACUCAUUCUUGGAACUUUAUGCGAUUGGAACGCGAUGGCCGUAUUCCCAUGAAAUCGUUAUGGCACCAAAGCAAUUUUGGCAGAGAUGUCAUAGUUGCAAACUUAGACUCAGGUGUGUGGCCUGAGUCUGAGAGUUUUAGAGAUGAAGGGAUGGGACCAGUGCCCUCAAAGUGGAAGGGAAUCUGCAUAAAUGAUGACCCCCAAAUUCUCCCAGUGAAAUGUAACAGGAAGUUGAUUGGGGCCCGGUACUUCAACAAAGGGUACAAUGCAUUCGUUGGGAUGGUGAAUGAAAGUGCUCCCCUUGCUCCCAACUCCCCUCGCGAUUUCGAGGGCCACGGGACACACACACUCUCAACUGCGGCGGGGUCCUUCGUCCCCAAUGCCAGCAUUUUUGGUUAUGCCUCCGGCACCGCUAAGGGCGGCGCCCCCGGUGCUCGUGUUGCUGCUUACAAGGUUUGUUGGCCCACAACUGAACAGAUCAGUGGUGGGUGCUUCGACUCAGACAUCCUUGCCGCCUCUGAAGCUGCCAUCCAUGAUGGCGUCGACGUGCUCUCUGUCUCUCUUGGGGGCGACCGCCCCUAUCCAUUUCUUGAGGAUGGUAUCGCCAUCGCAGCCUUUCAUGCUGUUUCGAAAGGCAUUUCUGUCAUUUGCUCGGCUGGGAACUCGGGUCCCAAACCUGGCUCUGCGACCAACAUCGCACCGUGGAUUCUCACUGUUGGUGCGAGCACUCUCGAUCGCGAAUUCCCAACUUAUGUUUCCAUUGGUGGCAAGCAUUUAAAGGGCGAAAGCCUUUCAAGUGCAUUGCCACAGGAGAAGUUUUAUCCUCUGAUCUCCGGUGCUGAUAUCUUAAAUCCCCGAUCAAAUUUUAGUCUUCUGAAUGCGCGGAACUGCUUAAUUGGCUCGCUUGAUCCAACAAAGACAAAGGGUAAAAUUGUUGCUUGCCUUCGGGGUGAUAAUGCCAGGGUCGAGAAAGGGGAGGCAGUGAAGCAAGCUGGAGGCGUCGGGAUGAUCCUAUGCAAUGAUCCGGACUCUGGAAACGAAGUUAUAGCCGACGCACAUGUGCUCCCUGCAGCCCACCUCACUCUAUCUGAUGGCGCACAAGUUUUCAGCUACAUAAACUCCACCAAGAAUCCUAUGGCAUAUAUCACACGUCCAAAAACGUACCUGGGUUCCACCCCGGCUCCUGUAAUGGCAGCUUUCUCCUCACAGGGUCCAAACGUUAUCACUCCCGAAAUACUCAAGGUUUGCAACUAA